CUGGCAGUCAAUGCCUUCAGUCACCUUCUCAAACUCCUUCCAAACAAUUUUUAUCAGGCACAAUGUUGUGGAAUUAUUUGCCAUUAUGCCCGUUUUGCAGAUGACUCCUGGGAGAAGCGAUGGGUGCAAUCAAAACAUAAGGAUGACUAUGGAGAGUUUAAAUUGUCUGCUGGUAAAUUCUAUGGUGAUGCCAAACGAGAUCAAGGAAUAAAGACCAGCCAGGAUGCAAAGUUUUAUUCCCGUGCGGCCAAGUUCCCGAAGCCGUUCUCCAAUAAGGGCAAAACAGUUGUCAUCCAGUUCACAGUAAAGCAUGAGCAAGGAAUUGAUUGCGGUGGUGGCUACGUGAAGGUAAUGAGCUCCGAUGUCGAUUUGGCUGACUUCCAUGGUGAGACUCCUUACAAUGUAAUGUUCGGUCCUGAUAUCUGUGGACCAACCAAGAAGGUUCACGCCAUUCUCAGCUACAAGGGGAAGAAUCAUCUUAUCAAGAAGGAUAUUCGAUGCAAGGAUGACGAACUCACACAUCUAUAUACGAUGAUACUAAAUCCAGACAAUACUUACGAAGUACAAAUAGACGGCGAGAAGGUCGAAAGUGGAGAACUCGAAGCAGAUUGGGAUCUUCUUCCAGCUAAAAAGAUUAAGGAUCCCGAUGCGAAAAAACCUGAGGACUGGGAUGAGAGAGAGUACAUCGAUGAUGCCGAUGACAAGAAGCCUGAAGACUGGGACAAGCCAGAGCACAUUCCUGACCCAGAUGCCAAGAAGCCAGAUGAUUGGGAUGAUGAAAUGGAUGGAGAGUGGGAGCCGCCCAUGAUUGACAACCCUGAGUACAAGGGAGAAUGGAAGCCUAAACAGAUCAAAAACCCUAACUUCAAGGGCAAGUGGAUCCACCCAGAAAUUGACAAUCCAGAGUACACCCCUGAUGAUGAGCUCUAUCUGUACAAAGACUGGGGAGCAAUUGGUUUCGAUCUUUGGCAAGUCAAGUCUGGCACAAUCUUCGACAAUAUUCUCGUCACCGAUUCUGUUGACGAAGCCAAGGCGCAUGCAGCUGAGACAUUCGACAAAUUGAAGACAGCUGAAAAGGAGCAGAAGGAGAAGGCUGAUGAGGAAGAAAGGAAGAAGUUGGAGGAAGAAGCUAAGAAGCGAGAAGAGGAGGAGAAGAAGAAGAAGGAGAAGGAAGACAAAGAUGAGAAGGACGAGAAGGAGAAGGAGACAAAAGAAGAUGAAGAGGAAGAUAAAGCUGAGGAAAAUCACGAUGAACUAUAA